AUGGAUAUAAUACUUAUGGACUGGGAGAUGCCGGUCAUGGAUGGUCUCACCUGUGCCAAAGAAAUCAGGAUUUUGGAAACGACCGGCCAUCUUGUUGGCCAUGUCGAGAUUAUUGCAACGACGGCCAAUGCUCGAGACGAGCAGUUGCAGAUGGCGUUGGAGAGCGGCAUUGACUCUGUCAUAUCAAAGCCUUUUCUCGUCCACGAUCUCUUGAAACAGAUGAGAGAGCGAUUGUCCAAGGUUGAUGAUCGAGCUGUCCCUCCCCGGAUCAUGACUUCCUAG